AUGUGUUGCGGCACCACGCGGCAGAUCAAGGUUGCUGUUAUUAUAGGAGUCUCGAAUGACUGCUUAGAUCGUUCUUCUUCGGAAAUGCUCGAAGGGUCUGGGACUUUCGGGAACGGUUUCCGGACUCGUGGAUUGAGGCUUAUACGCCAGAAGCUCUCAAGCCAGAGCCGCAGGAGCGCCGAGGCUCUCUUGGAUGCCGGAUCGUCGAGGAUGACAAUACAAAGCGUCAGCCCACAGGGAUGGUCUAAGAUUUCGAUCCUCAGAUGGGGUAUCUUUACCACAGCUAAACACGCGAACGCCAGAUCCCAUACCUGUACCAGGGUUCUCUUCCAGCGGACGAUUAUCUCGACUCCAGAGUCGACCUCCAAAAAUGAUCCAUUUGUCUAUGCUGGCUAUAUAUCCUCAUAUACACUUGCCCACACCUCAAUUCUAGACCCUUCAAUCCCUCCUGCCCUGUGUUCCUCUAUGAACCGCCCUCAAUAUCAAAGCAACUCCGGUCGCGCUUGGGCAUAA